AGGGGGUAUCCGGAUAUUGUUUUGGCAUAUGGAUAUGGUGAUGAGUACAGUUUGCUUGAUUUGUUUGUGGGAACUUAUCUUAACUUGGUGUAACUUCUAAGUACUGGGUUUAACUUUAAUGGUUUCCUGUUGAUUUAAUUUAUAGUUUUGUUUUCAAGAAGUCAUCCCUGUUCUACCAAAGGCGGGGCAGGUGUUAUUCUUCACUUAUAGCAUGGAAUGAGUUGGUGCAUUGGAAGUUACUUUAUGACAUUUCUUUUAAUUAGCCUUGAAUUGGUUCUUUCUACUUUAAGUUCUAUUUAAAGUUGGAUAAUUUGAUUUCUACAGUGAAAUAGUCUCCGCCAUGGUAUUGUUCUUUACUUCAGCGUAUGUGACGAAAUGGAGAGAAUUUUCUUCCCCAAGAAAGGGUUGAAAAAUCCUCCGUCUUUUGACAGAUGGGCCGUAUGCUAUCCAUCAUCUGAGAUUCUUGGAGAUUAUCUGGCCUGGAGACAAAGUUAAUUCUGAGUAUCCUUUACAUAUGGCCAUGUCAAUAAUCAGUACAAUACCUGUUUCUGUGCACUUGUUAAGUCCAGAAAAAGCAGGUGUCAAGCUCAAGAUUAUUUAAAGCACUGGAGAAAAAUGAAUUGCCGAGGAAAGAAUUUGGAAUCUGACCAUGAUACAUUGCCAGUCAUGUUUAGGUGGGGUUCUUCAGUUUUCUGACCCAAGUCUAUGAAGGCUCAGAAGCUUGAGAGAGGUGCUUCUGUUGAGAAACUCCAAUCCGAAAUAAUCGUUGAUUUCUGCAAUACAAUUGAUUAUAGCUUUUGGGAAGAACAUCCAAGGGUACUUGAUGAGGAAGCUGACUAACCCAUAUGUUCAUUUUGUGCUCCUCUGAAAAACUUAAUGCUGUCUCUUUCUCCCUAGCUUUGGUAUUCAUGAAAAUUUUCCUAAACUUUUGGAAACAUUUUUAUUGAAUUUAAGAGCCGUUCAGAAAGUAGCCAUUGGUGUUCUUUGAUAAAAGAAUAUCAUAUUC